CUUCGAAGUGGCAGCGUCGUUCAGAUCGAUUGCGUGUGAUGUGCGGAAAAAUCGCUCCAACCGUGCCUCGUAGCAUCAUAGAUCGUUUUUCUUUAGUUUUAUAAUUUUCCUCCAAAUGUGCUUUGGUCGUCGUGCGCCGCACUGCUGGUGAUUUUCAGUUCAGAUUUUUCCGGCACCGUAACCACCCCACCCUUCAACUACGCAGGCAUCGUGAUGUGAUUCGCAUUGGGUGAACGCAAACUUGACGCCGACAGAGGAAAUAAAUUUGGAUGAAAAGUCUGCAUAAAUGAUUUUUGCGAAGGAAAAUCGCUUUCGUGCUCAUAUCUUGUAGACGGCAGCAACAGAGCGGAAACACCUCCCACGAGGAAAAGCGAGAUAGAAUGAUAGGAGUGUCACAGGCGAGAAAGAGAUUGAGCAGGAGCACAAGCUAGAGAUAGUUUUUUUUUAUGUUGUUCCACAAGGCGACAGAAGAGCUCAUCCGAUCCUAAAGGAGGCAAUCCGGUGGUGUAGUGAUUAACUGGAAACAGAACUGAAAUCGAAAAGAAAACGGAGAAAUCUCGUGUAUCUGCAGCUAGUUUUCUUGCAAGUCGUGUAACCCAUUCAGGCCCGCGAAUCGGUUGGUGUGUAGGCACACUGAAAAGAAACCUGCUAAAGGCCGCAAAACAGCAGAAACAGCAUCUUCUCUCUCGUUGUGACUCUGGGGCAGAGAACAAUUGUCAAGCAGCGGUUUUAGACAAGCGCGGAGGAGAGCGGAGAGAAGCGGUGUGUGGCAGAAGACGCGGAGAAGACGUGCGAGAAUAUACGGACAAGAGUAGCCCGUUUUUCAGUCUCAGGCCAGCGACAGAGGAGCGCUAGCCCUAUUUAUUCGUUGUUGACUUCCUCUGACAGUGGAAACGUUUUUACUUUAUCGGUUCAUUUAUUUUAAUAAUGAGUGAUUAUUCCAACCAGAACUCGCAAAAUUUUAGUCAAUCGUCAGCAUUUGCAGCCGCUUUACAGAGAGCCAAACAAAUUGCCGCUAAGAUACACCCCGGUGGCCAGCAGCAGCAGCCACACCAACCAGUGAAGAGACCGCACGACGACCACGAUUCGGGGCCAGAGUUGAAAAAAUUCGGUGGACAGUCUGAGUACAAUAAUGCUAGCUCGCCCACUGGCAUGAGUCAGGCUGCGAUGCAAGCCGCCGCCCAAGCUGCAGCCGUAGCCGCCCGUCUGUCGCAGAAUAACAGCAACAACAGCAACAACUUUAACUCCUCAAACGCUCCCGGCGGUGGUGGACCGCAGGAUCCGAGUCAGCGCGUGCGCGAACUGAUCAGCAAGAUGGUGAACCACGGUGGUCCGAUGGAUAACGGCAAUCAUCAGGGACCGGGUGGUGGUGGUGGUUUAGGCGGUGGUCGCGGUGGUGGUGGUGGUGGUGGCGGCGGCGGUGGUGGCGUGGGAGGCGGAGGCUUCGGAGCGUCGCACCAGGAGAUGAUGAUUCCGGGCUCGAAGGUGGGUCUGAUCAUUGGCAAGGGCGGCGAGACGAUCAAGCAGCUGCAGGAAAAGACGGGCGCCAAGAUGGUGAUCAUUCAGGAUGGGCCGGGGCAGGAGAUGGAGAAACCGCUACGCAUUUCCGGCGAUCCGCAGAAAGUGGAGCACGCGAAGCAGCUCGUGUACGAGCUGAUCCAGGAGAAGGACGCCUACUCGCAGCGCCAGAAUAUGAACGGAAACGAACAGGCAGAGGUGUUCGUUCCGAAGGCGGCCGUCGGUGUGGUCAUCGGCAAGGGCGGUGAGAUGAUCAAGAAGAUUCAGGGCGAAUCGGGUUGCAAGCUGCAGUUCAUACAGGGCCGCGGUGAUGGCCCGGGUGAUCGACGUUGCAUCGUGCUUGGUUCAAAGGCUCAGGUCGAAGAUGGAAAGCGUAUGAUCGAAGAUUUGAUCGACAGCGUCCUAAGAAGGGAACAGGGAGGAGGCGGUGGUGGUGGUCGCGGUGGAAUGGGCGGUGGAGGAGGUGGUGACGGAGGCGGCCAUGGCGGUCGUGGUGGCAUGGGUGGUAAUCCGAAUCAGGAUAAUAACUACAACAGCUACAAUGGUCCGCAGGUGACCCGAUUAGAGUACACCUUCACCGUACCCGUUUCAAAGUGUGGUAUCAUCAUCGGUCGUGGUGGUGAUACGAUCAAACAGAUCAACCAGCAGUCCGGUGCGCACACCGAGAUGGACCGAAAGGCGUCCCAGAACCAGACGACGGAAAAGACGUUCACCUGCAAGGGUGAGCAGCAUCAGGUUGACGAAGCGAAGCGGCUGAUCCAGGACAAGAUCAACAUGGAGAUCAAUAUGGUUUAUGUCGGGGCGAGCACGGUACCCGCCAACCAAUACCAGAACAAUGGUGGCGGAGGAGGCGGUGGAGGUGGCGGUGGCGGUGGUGGUGUCGGUCCCAAUGCGUACCAGCAGGGCGGAUGGGGAGGUUAUCAGUCGCAGGGUGGUUGGGAGCAGCAGCAGUCCGCCCAGGCCAAUGCAGCCUCGGCUGCAGCGGUCGCAGCAGCAGCCGCCGCGCAACAGCAACAACAGCCGCAGGCAGAUUACUCCCAGCAAUGGAUCGAGUAUUACAAGCAAAUGGGAAUGCACCGUGAGGCGGAAAUGAUCGAACAGCAGGUCAAGGCACGUCAGGCAGCCCAAGGCACGUUGUCAGCUAAUCAAUCUGUACAAGGUCAAACAGUGAUGGCAGCCGCGGGAGCCGGUUCACAACAGCAACAGCAGCACCAGCAGCAGGCUGGCGGUGGUGGCGGCGGCGGCGGCGGCGGUGGUGGUGGCCAAGCAGACUACAGUGCGGAAUGGGCAGAGUACUACCGACGAAUCGGUAAAAUCGAGGAAGCCGAAGCCAUCGAGAAGCAAAUUGCGGCCAACAAGGCCUUGCAAGCACAGGCCGCAGCAGUGGCGGCGGUAACCGGAAAUCAACCCGGAGGACCGGCCGGAGGUGGUCAGUACGGUGGCGGAGGGGGCGGGGGCCCUCAGCAGCAAGGUCCGGGAGGCUACGGUGGCCAGCAGUAUCAGCAGUACUACGGUGGUGGUGGUGGAGGCGGUGGAGGAGGAGGCGGCGGCGGUGGUCAACCGGGAUAUGCCGGUUACCCGUACGGCGGAGGCUAUCCGGGACCGCAGGGAGGACAACAGAAUCAGUCGAAUGCGUCCAAUCAGGAUAAGAACUAGAGCUAACCAAGAAGAACACAACCAACCAGCAAGCUGCAAGAGAUAACGCAAAAAAACCGCAAGAGAAACAGGAGGGCCGCUCCACUCCAUCGUAUAAGAACACACCCUCCAACUCCACGUGCUUCAUUCGGCCAACAACAUUCUUCGACGUCUUCGCAACGAUUCAACGAAUGGAACGAAGGCUCAGAUCCGACCUACCCACACGCACACACCCACACCUCGACCAUCGUCCAUUGGCAGUUUUCGAUGCUGUGAAGAAGAGUUAUUUAGCAAUUGUAUAGCAGCAACCCCGCGACAGCAUCGUGUACAGUAAGCUCUUAUAACCUAGCACUACUACAUCUACUACUACUUCUACUAUAUACUAUGUGAGGACGCGUGGAACAGACUAAAGCAAGCAUAUAGAUAUAUAAACCAACAAAACGAAAACAAAAUAAAUAAAUCGGAGUUUGAAGCAAUUAUGAUUAAUCCACAAUCCAUCUGAAUAAAAUAGUUCUCUAGGGUUUACCCAAUGUACGGUAACAUUUUCGUAGAGUUAGUACCAGUUAUAUAAACAUAUGAAUGGAUUAAAACCACAACCGAAAAUAGCACUUCCUAUAUAAUAAAAAAAAAAUACUUGUAACCACUUUGUUGCAAAAGAGUGGAAAAGAACAAACAGCACUAAUUGCGAUGGUGUGCCCGUUUGUCGAGAUAUGGUAAUGGUAGAAGGCAGCAGAUUCCGCAUCUCAACAAUCGACCUCUUCCACCCAGAAAAGUUUCUUUCCGAAUGAUGCGCCGGUUUCUAGUGCAUGGUGAUAAUGCUUAGUGUGAAUCGUCGACAUUAGAUGGACCGAUACGGCUGGAUAUCAACUGAAGACAAAUGACUAAGAACAGCGCGUGUUUCCAGUCAAGCGAAAAAGCAGUUCUUCCAGAAAAAGAUGAAUAUUAAGCGUAACGUGUGGUUCAUGCAGAACACCGAGUGUACCUUGAGUUUGGUAUGGUUUUUAUCAAUAAAUGUGCAUUCAAAUGUUCAGCUUUUCACUACGAAAAAAUAACACUGUUGAUCGCGAUCGUGUCUCACCUUUAAUCAAACUUAGGUUAGCCGAACUUUAAAGCAGACUCGUUUGUACCAGAAGAUACAUCCAUCGUCUGAAGAGGGUAGAAUACCGUCUUCUGAUGCAGUUCGGAAAGUGAGACAAACUGAAGUGGUACGGAAAUGGUCAUAAAUAGCGUUGGACGCUAAACUUAGGGACAUGACACGCAAACCAACAAGAGGCCGGAGGAGGAAACCUAAACCAGGCAGCAUGAUUUAACCAUGAAACAAACUGAACUUUUAUGAAUUGCAAAGUAAAAAUUAUGAAUUUGUUAUUGUAACAGUUUCUCCGAUGUUCUAAAUAUCCAUCUAUCCAUCCUUUAUGCCAUUUAUUCUAUCACCACCGGCAUCUAAAAUAGGUUUUGAAUGUUUAUUUUCCUCCAGUAUUCCUGCUGGAAUGUAUCAGAAUUUUCAUGGUCUAAUCUUCCAUUUGUAUAAACAUUUCAAAUAUGUAUGUUCUUUUUAAUUAUAUACUGGAUUAUAUACAUUUCCCCAACCAACAACAUUUUGAAAUAUAAUUUCUAUUUAUUAUAUUCUUUUUUAUUCGUUGUAGCACAUGGUUUAUAUUUGGUAAUUGUUUUGCUGUGAAAUGUAGAUACUCAAUCAAUUUACAGCGCUUCAACGAAAAUUCACCUUCAUCUUUUGUCAUAGAACACCCUUUGCAGUCUAAAACACGCUCAAGUAUCUAAAAUAUGUCUAAUGUAGUGUGAAGAUAUAUUCAGUAAUUGCUAUGGUUUACUAAACGUGUAUGUUGCUUGUGCGAUGAGUUGAUGGUUUGAUGGAUAAGCGUUAAAUGAUUAUUGUGAACGAAGUGAAUCAAACUACCAAAAACUAGAAUAGUCCCAACUGCUGGCGGAACUAACGCAAGAAAACACGGGUGAGUUUCUGUUGCAAAUAUUUCAGUGAAGUAAAGUAGUUUGCGGAAGAGGCACUAUCUCGGAAGUGAUCGAUGUGUUAAAGCAAUGCAAAACAAGCAAUGCGGUGCGAUUCUCGACGACAUCAUGUGGUUGGCAGUGAACAGUAUACGCAAUUGUAUCUGAAAGUGAAAUAAAUGGUUG